AUGAAUAUGUUGGAUGAUGAAGAUGACCAAAGCUUUCACGCUACGCGUGACGGCUACUCCCAUUUGAGCGAUGUCGAAUGGGAUGCGGUUGAACGAAUGGGUUCGACCAUGGGCAUCCAUGCUGUUAGCGUCAUGCUAGAGGCUCUCAAUAGAGAUGCCCAACAUGCUACUAUCGCCAAGUUCAUUCAAAAUGAACUUGACGCAGAACGCGAGAAAGUAGCCUUGCUUCACCAACAAGGUUCUCAACAAGCAGAGUUGUUGAGAGAACAAGGUGCUCAACAGUUUGAACUGUUGAGACAGCAGCAAGCUGCUGCUGGCGGGUCGAUGCACUCGCGUCGACCCGAGACUUUGAAGAUUGACAUCUCCAAGGCGCGUCGCAUCGACGACGGGGAUAUGCAAGUUGCAUUUGCCCAGUCAAAUCUGGCAGGACGUGCCAAGACUUGGGCACUGGGGCUCAAGCUGCACGACCCAUACGCGUUUGGGUCGUUGGAAGUCUUCAAGUCGCGGCUCAGACAAACGUUUGAACCGCCUAGAGCUGAGUUCAGAGCUUGA